UGUAGCUUGGCGAGCCAAUCGGCUUUUACCACGACCCAAACGCUGUCGGGCUUUCAUUGAACGUCUGCUAGGAUGGCAGGCUACAAACUUUUUUACAUAGUUUUAUUGAAUUUAGCGUUAUGUCUAACUGUCAGUUUGGCAGGGAGGGACUUCUAUGGUAUCCUAGGAAUAUCAAAAAGUGCUAGUACUCAUGCCAUUAAGAAAGCUUACAGAAGAUUAGCCAAAGAAUUGCAUCCAGAUAAAAAUCAAAAUGAUCCAGAAGCAUCUCAAAAAUUCCAAGAUCUUGGAGCUGCUUAUGAAGUAUUAUCCGAUGAAUCAAAGAGAGCAUUGUAUGAUAAAUGUGGAGAAGAAUGUUUGAAGAAAGAUGGAAUGAUGAACAGUCAAGAUCCUUUUGCUAGCUUCUUUGGAGAUUUUGACUUCUUUGGUGAUGGUGGAUCUCAUCGUGGUGAACGCCAAACACCUAAAGGUUCAAAUGUUAUCUUUGAUCUUAGUGUAACUUUAGAAGAAUUGUACAGUGGGAAUUUUGUAGAGAUUACUAGAAAUAAACCAGUAAUGAAACAAGCAAGUGGAACAAGAAAAUGUAAUUGUAGACAAGAAUUAGUCACUCGUAAUUUAGGAAGUGGAAGAUUCCAAAUGACUCAACAAACAGUUUGUUCUGAGUGUCCCAAUGUAGUUUUUGUUAAUGAGGAAAGAACACUUGAGGUGGAAAUUGAACCAGGUAUGGUAGAUGGACAAGAGACCAAAUUUACAGCAGAGGGUGAACCACAUUUAGAUGGAGAACCUGGAGAUUUAAUAGUAAAAAUUAAAACACAGCCUCAUCCAAUUUUUGAGAGGAAAGAACAUGAUUUAUACACCAAUGUAACCAUUACACUUCAAGAUGCUUUGAUUGGUUUUGAAUUGGAAAUCCCUCAUUUAGAUGGACACAAAGUUCAAGUUCAGCGAGACAAAAUAACCAAACCUGGUUCACGAAUGCGUAAGAAAGGAGAAGGAAUGCCGUUUUAUGAAAACAACAAUCUUCACGGAAAUUUAUACAUUACUUUCGAUGUUGCAUUCCCAGAAAAAGAUCUAACAGACUCAGAGAAAGAAGAUAUUAAAAAAUUGCUCGAUCAAAGUUCAAUUAAUAGAAUAUAUAAUGGAAUUCACGGGGAAUAAAUUGUUCUCACAUUAGGAAAAAUAAUUUUAAUCGUGAUACAGUACUUUUUAAGGUGUUGUUCACUGGUUAAUUAUAACAAUUUUUCGCCUAUUACGGCGCGUCGCUGAUUCAAACCGUCAAUGAAAAAAAUUGUCUCAUCGAAUUGGAUGUAGCUGGAAAAUAUAUUUAAAAUGAAGACUGCAUGUUUCCAUUUUUUUUACAAACAACAUUGAGGUUGAUCCAGCUGCAUAAAUUGUACAUCAAUUUUUAAUGAUUAUUAAGCAAAUUUUAUGUUGUCUGUAAAUAAUUAUAAGUGUGUGUUAUUUUGUAAAUGCUUGAAAACAAGAAUUUUUCGCAUUGUAAUAUUUGUGAAUUGUGAAUAUCUUACAUUUUCUGUAAGAAAAUCCUUUCAAUAGUUAGAUUGUCACGAGAGUUAUUGUUUUAUACACUUCCAAUUAAAAAUGUGCAAUCGUUUGAGCCACGUA